GCAAUCUUUGGCUGGUCGAUCUUUAACUACACUCGCUUGAACGGAUUGGUAAAUACCAACCCAAAAUGGUUAUUUUUCAAGCGAGGUUAGUCGGGGACAUUUACGUAAUCCACAAAUUUUCAAUUUUUGUAUCAGCGAUUUAAAUUCCUUGUGAUAUAGCCCCAAAAAUGUUCAGAACAACCGCCGUACGAGCCCAGUCCAUCUUCCGCAAUGCUCUGACGCCCAAAAAAGCACAGGCAGCCACUGUUUCAAGGUUCAUGUCGAGUCACAGCACUGAAACUGAUGAACAGUUCGACACUCGUUUCGAGAACUUCUUCAACCGCAAGGACAUUGAUGGAUGGGAGAUCCGCAGAGGCAUCAACGACCUUUGGGGGCACGACUUGGUACCUGAACCUAAGAUCCUCAUUGCAGCUCUAAAGGCUUGCAGAAGGGUGAACGACUUUGCAUUGGCUGUCAGGCUUCUGGAGGCUGUCAAGGACAAAUGCGGCCCCAAAGUGGAUGAAAUUUACCCUUAUAUUAUCCAGGAAAUCAAGCCCACAUUGACCGAACUGGGAAUCAGCACACCUGAGGAGCUUGGCUUUGACAAGCCAGAGCUACAUUUGGAAUCUGUGUUCCACAUUCAUUAAGAUAUUUAUUGUAAUUUGUAGCAAAUAGAGCAAUGUAAUAAAGUUUUGUUUCUAUAUUUUGGUUGCAUUACUUCAAAUGAGCAGAGUGUGCCCCAAUUUUGUUGCUACUAGGUGUGUUACAUGCAAUCUCAAAGCCUAGGUUCCAUAACAUAUAAAAUAAACACUUGGUACUG